UUUUCCUCUCCCUCUAUAUAUAUAUCUACCAUUUGAACUACGCAUUCAUCACCAACAGCUUCCUAUUUUCUUGAUCAUAUAACAUUGUUUAGGGUUGAGAGAGAUCGAUGGAGGGUUUUGUGGUGAACAAAUGGAAAUGGUGGUGGGUGGUGUACUGUGUGGUGUUUUUGUUCUUGCAUGAGGCUACUUCAGCUCAACAAGUACCUUGCUACUUUAUUUUUGGGGAUUCAUUGGUGGAUAAUGGGAAUAAUAAUCAACUUUCUUCUUUAGCUAGAGCUGAUUAUUUGCCUUAUGGGAUUGACUUCGUCCCUCGUGGACCUACUGGCAGAUUUUCCAAUGGUAAAACCACCGUUGAUAUCAUUUCUCAGCUCUUGGGUUUCAAUGGUUACAUUCCUCCCUAUGCAACCGCCAGGGGUCGAGCCAUACUCGGAGGGUUAAAUUACGCAUCGGCGGCCGCUGGAAUCAGAGAGGAAACUGGACAGCAACUUGGAGGUCGCGUUUCUUUUAGUGGUCAAGUAAGGAACUACCAAAAUACAGUGUCUCAAAUGGUGAACUUGCUGGGAGAUCGGAACGCAACAGCAAAUUAUUUAAGCAAGUGCAUAUUUUCCAUUGGAUUAGGGAGCAAUGAUUACCUUAAUAAUUAUUUCAUGCCUCUGUUCUAUUCAUCCAGUAGGCAAUAUACACCAGAGCAAUGGGCUAAUAUUCUUAUCCAACAGUAUACUCAACAACUUAGGAUUUUGUACAACAAUGGAGCCAGGAAAUUUGUGUUGAUUGGACUGGGUCCAAUUGGGUGCAGCCCAAGUGAAUUGGCCCAAAAUAGUCCAGAUGGCAGGACUUGUGUUCAGAGAAUCAACUCUGCCAACCAGAUCUUCAAUAACAAGCUCAGAUCUCUCGUUGAUCAAUUCAAUGGCAAUACAUCUAAUGCAAGAUUUAUCUAUAUCAACGUUUAUGGUAUUUCUCAAGAUAUUAUAAGCAAUCCUGCAAGAUAUGGUUUUAGGGUUACAAAUGCUGGGUGCUGUGGUGUGGGGAGGAACAAUGGUCAAGUUACAUGCCUACCUGCGCAAACCCCAUGCCCAAAUAGGAACGAGUACUUGUUUUGGGAUGCAUUUCACCCAACUGAAGCAGCGAACACCAUACUUGGAAGGAGAUCUUACAGAGCUCAAUCUGCAUCAGACGCUUACCCAAUUGAUAUCCGCCGGCUUGCCCAGCUCUGAAGAUGGAGAAAGCGGUUAUGGAUGGCACGAUAAAAUGAAUAAUAUAUCCAAUAUUUUUCUGUGUUGCUUCAUAUAGUUUAUGUUUUUGUUGUAUUGUUAGUCAUUGUUUCCUGGGAUGUGGAUUUUUUUUUUAAUAGGAGAAUUUGGAAAGUGAGAACUAUAACCUGAGUUUGCUAAGUGAGUGAUAUACUUUCACCACUGAAUCAACUCAGACUAGGUCUGAAAUGUGGCUUUUUGUGUGCUAAGAAGUGCACUAUAUAUUGAGUCCUGUCUAGUUAUAUUGGAAUAGAGUUGUAUUAAGCAAGCAAUGCAAUAACAAUCACAGUUAUUUCAA